AUGCCACCUCAGAGACGCUACAUUUGCUCGUUCUGUGCCAGACCCUUCUCGAGAUCAGAGCACAAGGCCAGACACGAGAGAUCCCACACCAAGGAGAAGCCUUUCCACUGCCAUCAAUGUGAAUCUUCGUUUGUUAGAAGAGAUUUGUUGCAACGUCAUUUGAGAACGGUCCAUGCUAAGGAUAAGCUACAUCUACAGAAACAGGUUUAUCAUAAGGAAGAGACUGCUGCUGCUGCUACUACUGUUGCUCAGGUGCCUCAAAGAGAAGUUGUUGCUGAGAAUUUCAAUUAUAAAGAUAUAUUCCAUUACAAUGAUCAAACAAACGUCAUAUCUCUGUUGACACUUUCAAAGAGAUUUGAAUCCAUACCUUCACCAUCCUCAAAAUCUUCAUCAAUCUUUUUAACGUGGGCAACAAUAUCAAAUAAUAAACUACCCAUUGUUUCAAAUGAUCAAUUGGGUUCAAUGUCUAGUGAUUCUAAUUUAUUGUAUGCUUUGCUAGCAUUUGGAUCAAUAGAUUUGGAGAAUAACCUAGAUUGUAUUCAUUUCAUUCAAAAAUCCUGGGGUUUGAUCUUAAAACAACAAUUUGAUCAUGAUCAAAUCAUUCAAGCAUUAACAAUCAUUGCAUAUAUUUACUUAGAACAUUACCAUUCAUUGAAAAACACCCAAGCUGAUUUGAUCCCAAUCGAAAUCAUAAUGGAUUAUCUUGAUCAAAAUAUUAUGAAAUGUUUAUCUUCCUCGUCUAAUUGCUUAUUCAACUAUUGGUUUGUUUUCAACAUUUUAUCCAAAUUUUCAUUUCAGUACAAUAAAUCACCAGCAAAAUGUCACUCUAUAUUCCUAACCAAGAAAAUUUCAAAUCAUUCAAAUUGUUCAUUAUCUAGUUUUUUGCAAAACUUGUCAAUAUCUUCAAAUUCAUUCCCUAAAGCUGAAGCAAAUGAUUUGGACUCUUUAUUAUCUCAAGAAAUUAUCAUUUAUGCAUUGGCUAAUGAAUUGCAAUCAAUCAGAUUCAACACACCAAAUGAAUACCAUUCAAGAGAAGUUUUGCAUAACUCUAUCAUUAUGGUUAAUAAGGCUUUUAAUUCUUCAAGUCAAACUUCACAUUCAUCAUUGGUGGAAAUUUCCAAAAAAUCAUUAUUAUUAAACUGUCCAUUAAAAUUUCAAGAUUUAUUAACGGAUUAUAUAACACCACCAACAUUAUCAAUCCAUUGGUUUUUGCUUCAAAUCACCUUGAGGGAAUUUAAUAUGGAGUAUAAUCCAACUUGUCUUUCACAUUUACAUCAACUAUCAUCUCAACAAGCUACAAUUACAUUAACAAAUUAUCUAAACAAUUUAAGAAUUGGUAAGAUUGUUAAUAAUUUAGGUAUUACUGGAUUUGUUGUAUUAUUUUUAGGGUUUUUGAAAAUUCCAAUCAAUGAUGAAUUACAAAAUUCAAUUGAUUUUAAAAUUUUCAUUGUGGAGAAUUUUAUGAUUUUGAUUAAAAUUAUUGAAGGGUUUGAAAUUAAUAAUGGUUCAAGGGUUAAUGAAUGGGAUAACCCAAUAAUACAAUGUUUGAACUACAUCAUUUCAGAAAUGGGUGUGACAAACUCUUCAUCAUCAUCUUCUUUUGAACAACCAACUAUGGAGAUGGUUACAAAUCUGAAGAAGAAUUUAGAAUUAAAUUUUAAAAAUUGGUUACAUUUAUUGAAAUUCAAUGAAAUUUGGCAAAUUGAUGAUAUUUCAAAUUCAAUAUUUGAUCAUCAUUCAAUAAUAUCACCUUUAGGAAGUCAUGUUAAUUCACCAAAUUCAAACAAUUAUAUAAUUGAUCAUCAUGAUCAAUAUUCAAAAUCAUUUUCCCAUCAAAUGUAUAGAGGUGGUUCAAUGAGUUCUGUUGGUUCAAAUAGUGGUUAUAAUAAUGAAAAUAUUGGAAUGGAGAAGAUUAAAUUGCCUCCUAUUAAUGUUUUGAAACAAAAUGCUGCAAACGUGGGGAAUAAUAAUGGAAGAAUAGUUUCAAGUUUACCUGUUGAUAGAUUCAAUUGGUGA